GCGGCACUGGCACUGGCGCGGAGAGAUGGCGACGAGGAGCGGGCUACUGUUGGUGCUGGCAUUCGCCACGCUCCUGCUGGUGGCCCGCGGGCAGCCCGGUGCGGCGGAGAGACGGUGCUUCUGCCAGGUCACUGGUCAUUUAGAUGACUGCACCUGCGAUGUAGAAACCAUUGAUGCCUUCAACAACUACAAGCUUUUUCCUAGGCUGAAUGAACUUCUGGAAAACGACUAUUUUAGAUACUACAAGGUCAACCUAAAGAAACCGUGUCCUUUUUGGAACGACAACAGUCACUGUGGGAUCAGAGACUGUGCUGUAAAGCCCUGUCCAUCUGAUGAAGUCCCUGAUGGAAUCCGAGCUGGAAGUUACAAGUAUUCGGAAGAAGCCAAUAGCCUCACUGAAGAAUGCGAAGAAGCCAAGAGGCUUGGAGCUGUCGAUGGCUCUUUGAGUGAGGAAACCCAGCAGGCGGUGCUGCAGUGGACACAGCACGAUGACUCUUCAGACAGCUUCUGCGAAGCCGAUGAUAUCUAUUCUCCUGACGCCGAGUACGUGGAUCUACUCCUGAAUCCUGAACGUUACACUGGCUACAAAGGACCGGAUGCCUGGAAGAUCUGGAACAGCAUUUACGAAGAAAACUGCUUCAAGCCUCACAAUGUAAAGAGACCUUUGACAUCUGGUAGAGGAGACGAUGGAGGGCACACGUUUUACAAGUGGCUAAAAGGUGUCUGCGUAGAGAAACGAGCUUUCUACAGACUCAUUUCUGGUCUCCACGCGAGCAUCAACAUCCACUUGAGCGCCAGGUACCUUCUACAAGAUACGUGGUCAGAGAAGAAAUGGGGCCCCAACGUUACGGAGUUCCAGCAGAGGUUUGAUGAAGUCCUCACCCGAGGGGAAGGGCCCAGGAGACUCAAGAACCUCUAUUUUCUCUACCUGAUCGAGCUGAGGGCCCUUUCCAAAGUGCUGCCCUUUUUCGACCGCCCCGGAUUCCAGCUCUACACGGGGAAUAGAAAUCAGGACGUGGAAGUGAAGAACCUAUUGUUGGAAAUUCUCCAUCUGGCCAAGUCUUUCCCGCUGCAUUUCGAUGAAAACUCCCUCUUUGCAGGGAAUAAAAAGGAAGCUGCUAAACUGAAGGAGGAAUUUAGGCUCCACUUUAAGAAUAUCUCGAAGAUCAUGGACUGUGUUGGCUGCUUCAAGUGUCGCCUGUGGGGGAAGCUGCAGACACAGGGCCUGGGCACGGCGCUGAAGAUCCUCUUUUCUGAAAACCUGAUAGAAAAGAUACCCGAAAGUGGCCCUUCCUACAGAUUCCAGCUGACCAGACAAGAAAUCGUUGCCUUAUUUAACGCUUUUGGAAGGAUUUCAACCAGCGUCAGAGAACUGGAAAACUUCAGGAACAUCUUACGGAACAUGCGGUGAAUCCACUGGAGAAAGAGAGAGAGACUUCCAAGUUUGAUCCUCUCGGCUGUUCCGGGUUCUCCAAACAGGGACAAACACCAUCAUUUCCUCACACUCCCAACCACUACGUGGUGAAGGUCACUUGUGGGACCUCCUUUUGGCAGCUGAUUGUCUGUAACCUGCUGAUGGAGAAAUAUUUUGUACAAGGGGAAACAAACAAACAAACAAAAGCUACUAUUUUGUGUGUAUAAAGAUGGGGACUAUAUGUAAAGUUUAUUUUAUAUAUUGGAAGAUCAUUCUGAAUAACUUCUUUAACUCUUGCUGUGCUGUUGCUAUGGAUGAGACCCAGCUCUUUGCCUUCAGAAGCUGGAGGUGGGGCCAGAACUGUGAUGCUGAAUAAAUUUGGGGGAAAAUUCCUUGUCUGCUCCGUGA